AUGAUAAACUCCAAGAGAAAGGCUGGAAAGAAGACGAAGACGAGCUCCAACCCAACCAAGAAAGAGCAAGGCUCUGGUAGGUUCCUAACUGAAAUUGGCGUUGUUACUUGACUUCAAUAGUUAAGGGGAGGGGAGGGGUACUGGCAACCGAGCUUGUAUGGAAAGGUAUCGAAGUUUUGGUUUUAUGUUAUUUCUUUGCGAGCCAUACAUCUCAGUUAACCUCCUCUAAUUCUGAGUAAAAUGUGAGUUUAAUGUAAUAAAAUAUGUGGUUAUUAGUUCAUCGUGGUGUAUUGAUAUGGGUUGAACUUUAUUUGUUUGUCUCACAAUGGAGUCACUUUGAAUGUUUUUCCAGGUUCCAGAGGGUCCUUAGGUCGCACUAAGUGCGACCUAAAGACACCCUGGAACCAAAAAAACGAAAUGGUGUUGUUUACAAGAUCCCACGUGAGUGCGGCAAAGUUUAUAUCGGUAAAAUGGGGAGAUCAAUGCCAGAAAGGAUAAAAGAACAUGACAGAGCGACACUUAAACAAUCGACCUCAUCACCUGAUGAAGACUAGCAGUAUUGCAGUCUAAAUGGUGCAAUCAACGUCCAAAGUGACUCCAUCGUGAGACAAACGAAUAAAGGUCAUAUCCUAAUGUGAGUUUAAUUUGGUGAUUUGCCAAACAAUGAUGUAAUUAAUGACAGAUCUGUAGCCAGAGUGAUAACAUUAUUUACUGAUGGAAAAUGACACUGAAGCAAUUUUGUCAUUGCUGUACUAUCUAUCAACUGUCUUUUAAACUAGUCAAUAAUGCUCAUGUAUUUUUUUGUAUUAUUAGUGCAGAGGAACAUCCACCAAUGCAGAGCUUUUGUGUAAUUCCUUACCAUGGCCACCUCAUGGUUAUUGUCUUGAUCUAAUACCAAAUUCUCAAAACAAAUUAAAAAGAGUGGGAGUUAAAGAGUGAAAAGGUCAUACCAACUAUUGUCACAGAUGUCUAGGUUAAAAAAAAACAAACAAACAAGAUUCAAAUAUCAUUCCUCCAAAAGGUUUUAGCAUGUAGUUCAAAUUGUAAUUACAUGUCUGACAUUCAAGAAUAGCAAAGAACUUGGGUCAGUUUUAUUUGCCCAGAAAAUAUGAUAUUUUAUCUAGAAAGAUAUUUUAUCUAGAAAUAUGAUACAUAUACCUUUUACUGCAACAAAAAUGUCAUGUCGUGCAUUCUUAUUAGUCAUUGAUUAGUUAUAUUGAUUAUACCUCAUAUACAGUACAGGUACAGUGCAUACUAAUACUUCAAAAUGGAUGUGCACUUUACAGCUUAAUAGUGGAAGUCUUCUUUCACAUAAAUACAGAUUUUUUUUUACUUCGUAAAUUACAGAUUUCUGUUUUGCAAAUUACAGAGUUUUUUUAUAGUAAAUUACAGAAUUUCAUUCGAUUUGUUUUGUUUAGUUUCAUUUAGUAAAUUACAGUAAUACAGAGGAAUGCAUGGCAAUCAUUUAUUUGUACUUUUGUCUAUUAUUGACCUUUCUCCUUAUAUUACCUGUCAAAUGGUCCAUCACUUUGACCUAUCUGGCAUGAUUGGUUCUACCUUGGAAAAUGUACUAAAGGUGUAAACACUAAGAAGAUGUUAUCAACAAGUACCACUAGCUACUGUGACCUCUUUUCAAUAUUAUUUUCUAGCAGAACUCUAAACCAUCAUUUUACUCUAUGUUCAUUGUUAGUUUCCAGUACCCCAACAAGCACACUGUCUGAUCAUGACAGAAUACCAGUGGUGACCAGUCUCCCCCCUGCUGUAGAUGGUCACCUUAGGUGUUUUUUAAGAGUGUCUGUGCCAAGAAUUCACUGGAUUGUUCAAAAGUAUCCAAUAGAUGUCCAAGUACGACUCAGAUGGUGGGGAGAAGAUGGUGAUGGUGUACUGUUAAGGUAGGCUGUUAAUUUUGUUUUUUUUUUUAAUUUAGUUAACCCUUAACUCCCAAAAGUGAUGGAAAUGUAACUUCUCCCAACAAUAUACAUGCAUCAUCCAGCAAACAGGUAAUAAGAAUACUGAAACUUAUCAGGUAGAAGUUGUUGCCUUGAUCUAACACCAAAUUCUUGUGUGUAAUUUACCAGAAAAUGUGUAGCAGAUAGGGAGAAUUAACAAUCAUAUUUUGAUAGGGAGUAUAAAAGGGUUAAAAUAUGGAAAAAAAUGGUGAACAUCCACUCACAUGAAACCUCUUAGUUCUGUAGGUAUACUUUCAUUAGUAGAGUCCCUCUCUUACCAAGUUUGUGGACCUGUUACCCUACCAAUGUUCAUUGGAAUUCUAAUCCACAAAUUUAUUACAUUUUUAUAUAUAAUAAUCAAAACAAUACAGACCUUUAGAUGACAAGGCAGAUGAACAGACAAAAAAUUACACAAGGCUGACAUGUGUAAGAUAUGCAGUAUGCAGUGGUCCAAGACAAUUUAGUGCAUAUUUAAAUGGUGAGUGAUUCAUAAGGAAAAAUUUAUAACUCAAUUAUUGUUUUCUUCUGUUACAUUGUUAAAUGGGUGGGCUCCUGGUGUGAUGACCAUUUCUUGUAUACCAAAUAUGAUUCAUUUCAAAUCAAUGAUGCAGGGAUAAAUUACAUUUCAUUGUCCUUGUAGGUUUGUUUAUUAUUUCAGUACAUUUUACGCAGGAGUUGGUGUAGGAAAGAGAAGUGCUGGAACUCAUCAUUAACUUGAAAAAAAAAAUAGUGGGAGUAACUACUGUACCAAGCAAAUUACAAAUUAAUCUAUAUAUUUCCAGUUCUCUGACAUGUUUGGAAUUAACUUUGUAGAUAUGUUUAUUUAGAUAUGGGAGCCCUGAUAUUUGAGGUAGUUCAUGGUCCAUCACUUAUAGUACUUGGCCGAGUGAGACUGGUUGAUGUCUCAACACUGUCAGCAAGCACUCCCAUCCAGGGGUAUGUAUCAAAACAUGACAAAAUUUACAAGUGCUUCAGCCAAGAUAUUAGCCGCUGGUUUUAAAGCGAUCACUGGCCUUAACAUUCAUUGUCAUGAAAUAGUAAUGUAAAAGACAAAUUACUCACCCUAAGUGUUUUGUUAGUCCAGGUUAUACUUUAUCAGUAGCUAUUUGUUUUACUGGACAGCAAAAUGCAUCAUGUUAAGAAUACAUAAUGUUCUGGUACUGGAAAUGAUAUUUGCUAGAGGCAGUUCUUCAACCAAGAUGUCUCAAACUAGGAAAAGAUAUGAUAACUGAGUGGUACACAUCACACACUUCAAGCAUGGCAUUGUUUAUUGUCAGUAGUUGUCAUAUUCUUACUGCUGAUCAACUUUCCCAUUUCAACUGUUCUGUUGUUCACCUUUGCCACAAAAAUUGAUACAAGCUAUAUUCUUUUUCUAGCUUCUUUAAUGUUAUGUCUACAACAUUACCUAGUGAAAAGCUGGCUAUUUUGUACAUUACUCUGAGAUUUGAGUCAACAUCAGGUAGGAGACAGUUCAAAUGUGGUAUAAAUUUAGAAUGCAUGUUUGUUUUACAACUGUUAUAACUUUAUCAUUUGCCAAAUGAAUAUAUUUUUUUACAACAACACUAAGUACCACUGAUAGUUAAACCAAGGGAGGUUUGUUCUAGCCAGAGUAGGAGAGUUAUAAUUUUUUGCUUGCUGCUGGAUAAGAUUCAAUGCAUUUAAUAUUAACAUGGAAAUAUUUCACACAUGGAACUUUUCAGCAGCUUACAGCCAGCUGUCAUCUUCUCUGGUACCUACUGUAGACAUGGAAAUAGAUGCACAAAGACAGGCUAUUGAUGAGAGUGAUGCCAAGCCAACUCCUCCCCCAUCCCUGUUAAAUCCAGUUGAACCAAUCCCUCAUCCAAGACAGUGGACAGAGGACAUGGAUCUCUUCAUGCCACCUGCAGUGCCUGCCAAGGUCAUUAGUGAUAGUGUUUAUAAGGAGAAGAAAAAUGCUCAUACGUAAACUGGUUUGGAAAAAAUUGAGAGAAAAGAGACCUGAAAAAAUAAGGCUUUUCCAAGAUUUGGGUCCAAUUACCAACUUUGCUCAGGACCAUUUGGUAUUGACAAUGGGAAUUUAGUGGCUUCUGUGUUUAAGGAACCUGUUCACAAUAACAUGAAGUGAAGUAUAGUUUGACUUGAGGAUAAUAGCAACCAACAAACUAUACACAUAUAGGUGAAUUGUAAGGAAGCUUUGGUAGAAAAAAUUAUUUGUGGGGUCACAGUUGUUUCAGUGUGUUUGAUCAUAAUGAGUAUCAAUUGAAAAAUCAUAAUUAAAUUAAAGAUUAAUUUUUUGUUAACACCUAGUAUGUUUUUUUAGGGUGUGAAAUUUGCUCUCACUUCACCAGAGAGACUUGAAUACACUGCAGAACAAUCACUAAUUUCAACAUCAAGAACAGGCAAGAAACAAUCAGGUUACUGACAAGGUUCAUGUAUUGGUCAGUGUCCUUCUUUAUGCUUCAGAAAAGACAUGUUUACAAACUAGCAUAAUAUAAUUUAGAUGUAAAAAUGUUUUCCUUUGGUUGCUCUAAAUGACUCUCUUUCCAUGUUUUUUUGUUUAAAUGGAUACAAAAUGGCAAUUUGUUUGUUUGUGAACUCAAUUUUUGCUCCACAUAAUCUCUGGAUGAAUAAGAGUCAGAAGUACAAAAUUUCAUCCAAACUCAAUUUUGUGUCAGAAAUUGAUUUUACUUAAAAUGUGUCUUUAGAUGAUCUCGAAACUAAAGAGAGAUCUAAAGAGCUGACCAAAUCAAGUGAACCACUUCACAUUGCCCACAGAGGUCAAAAUGAAUCUUCUGAUCUGAUUGGUGUAUUACUUCAUCGAGGGGAGAAGCUAAGGGAGGCAAUGGUAAUGUCGGCAGAUGAGGCCAACAAUGAAGACGAAGCUGGAGGAGCAAGUGUUGUUUUUGACAGGUUUGUCCAUAACACUGUUUUUAAAUCUCAGUCUACAUUUUGGUUAUUGUCUGUAAUGUCAGUUAUGUUCAAAAACUUCCCGUUUCUUAGUCAGAGACAGUGCCAUCAAUAAGUUUUUGUAUAUGCUGUCAUUCAGAUAUUCCCAUAUUUUAACACAUUGUGUUGAAUUAUAACAUCAAUUGAUAUUUAACACUACACUAGUUUUUUUUUCCUAUCUCUAUUCAACCUUUAGGUGAAAAUGUACACAUCUACUGUGGUAAAAUCAAGAAUAUAACUAUCUAGCAAUCAAGAACUUGUGUACGGUCAAAUAUUUAAAGCAAUCUAAGAGUGUUUAAAAUUCAGUUAGUACUGUCCCCAAUUAGCUCAUAUAGCUAAAGUGUAUUGACACUUAAAUAAAAUUUAUUAUUAUUAAUAAUAAAUUUAAUGCUAAAGGAAUCAUAGAUCAAACAAGUUUAAUCUUAGCUAUUCAUUUAGGAAUCAUCCAUUUAUUCUAUACAACAAUUAAAAGAUUAGGUAGGUUCAGGGUAACUGCAUGAACACUUUAGAAGGGAACUUAACUCACUGUCAGUGAUAAUACUAAGCUUAAAAUUGUAUCAACAAAGUUUAAAGUUCAUUAUAUAUAAUUAUACAAUACUCCAAGUUCUGGCAAACUUUGACAAUUCUGUUCUAGUAGGCAGUGAGCUUAUAUUUGAACUUGGCAUAUUCAGGAAUGCACCAUCUGGCAAACUCCUUAAGGAAAUUCUUACUUCUACUGAAAUCAAGCAUGGACUUGUCAAGUCUGGAGGAGAAGAGGAUUCUGUAAUCGAGUCAGUAUUUUUACAUAAUAACAAAGCUGUGGACUUGCUUCUUGGUGAAGAUGAAAAGCUUUAUCUGGACGAAUCACUCAACACCUCCCCUGACAGUAGCAUAGUUAGUGAGCCAGGGGAUCCCCUACAUGAUGACACACUGUUGAAAGAUCUUUUUUACACCACCUUAGUAAGUUACAAGGCUUUACAUUACAAAUGUUUCACCCUGCUAGAUACAUUAUCUGUGAUUAUCUUAUUCAGUGGCCUUUGUGACUCAGUAAGUCAUUAAUGUAAGUAAGCUAACAACAUUGUCAUUCAAAACACAGAUAAAGUUGUGAAGUUAAGAAUUAAGAGAAGGGUUCACAUGGCUAUUUUUGGAAUGUUGGCCCCUCCAAAAAAUUUUCUUUGACUUCUCAUGCAUUGCCUUACAAUAUCACUGUACCUUGCUCCAAGAAUCUUAAUUUUUGCUUUAGGCUGUAAAGUUAUCUUUCUGAGAAAUACUUUUAGAUACAUGUAAUUUACAAAGCUUGUAAGGGGUUGAGGCACCAAUAUCACUUCUAUCAGGGUUACACUUGCUAUGUUAAGGGUGGCAGAUUCAGACAGCUAUUGUACUACUAAGUAGGUAGAUACCUGUGAAUGUCAUAGAGAGUGUAAGGAUGUGAGUUAGUCACAGAAAAAUAAUCAUUCACAGACUAUCUUUAACUAAAUGGUGAGGUCAAAUAAAUACUAGGUUUGAAUAAUUGAUCAAUAGAGUUUUUAACAUUUUUCAGAUAGUACAGUCAGAUACAGAUUCAGAUAAUACAGUUGUCACUGAUGAAGACAACUAUGAUGAUGGUAGUGUUGAUGAUGACAAAAGUGUACAAAAUCCCUUGCAAGAAGAUCAAUUUGAAAAGGUACAAGUUACAAGUUCAAGUUCUAAAGUAAAAUUAAUAUUUGAUAAAAUGGAGGUACGGUUUUAUAUGUGAUACCAUGACUAAUGUUGGUGUAAUUUGUCAAGACCAUUGAACACUCAGGCUCAUGGGACUGGUAAAUUAUAUUUAAAGAUUUAUUGUGGUAAUGAAAAUUAAUAUUUUGAUGUCAAGAUAAAAGUGUUAAGUGUUAAUGUGAUACCCAUGUUUUUUCCUUUUAAUGUUUUACAUUUUUAUUGUAAUAAAAAUAUCAUACUAGCACAAUUCAGAGCAUAAUAACCAUUACAGCAUACUUCCCACUGAUGUCCAUGGAAAUCUUAAUUGUAAGAAAAUGAUCAGACUUUUUAUGUGAUUAUGAUCAAUGCAGCUUUAUGUUUCUAUUAACCUUCGGUCAUAGUGGUUAUGUUUAUAAUUAUGAUUGUAAUUUCACAAGUGAGAACCAUGCUUGUUGAUGGAUGUUGAAAACUAGAGUUUUCUACUUAAUGUUAGUAAAGUUUACGUUAUUCAUUGAAUUCAUUCUAAGCUACUUGCAUAACCAUAAUCAGUAUGUUUUAACAUAUUUGUAGUACCUACUAAGCAUUUAUGUCAUUCUAAAAAGGUAUUAAGUGAAGCAAUAAGCAAGGAAAGAUCUCCAAAGACAGCAUCUAGAGACAUCAGUACAAGGAAUGGGAAGGAAGUGAAUCAUGUACAAAACCCUGGAAGAAAUGAUGAGCUUACUAGUUUAGGUUACCUUGAUAAAAAACAGAGCAGUGCUGAUGACACAAGUGAAGAUUCUAGAGGUAGGUCUCUGGGCUCAGUAUGAUGUAGAUAUUCAUGGGGAUUAGGGAUACAGGAAGCAAAAUAAGGUUAUGCAAACAUAAGUCUAAUGCUGCCUAAACUUAAUUACCUGACCACUGUAGUUUUACCUUGCUACAUUACAACAGAUUAUCUGCUGAGACUUUAAUAAAAUUGCGAAUCAAAUGAAAUGAUGAUAAUACUGUUGUAGCUGAGGUAGAAGAAUUUGUUUAGCACUUUGUCAAUGUAACUCAGCAGAAGCAUUGCAUUAUCAGUGAAUUAAACUGUGGUAUUUUCCAUGUUAAGUGUAAAUAUUGUUACUUCUCUUUACAAACUGACUUGAGAUAAAUCAAAGUGUGCAAUUUUUUCCUAUGAUGGUGAAGACAGUGUACUUUGUAUGUCAAGUGAUUCAUUUACAUCAGCACCAUUGCAUGGGAAGCCACCAAGGAUAGAUCCUGAUGCCUUCAUUGAAAACCUUGGUCCUGAGAAACUUACUGCUUUGGGCAGAGUUGAUGCAGCACGCGUCAUGGUGGAUAGUCUUCAGAUUGCAAAUGAAACCAUUAAACCUGGGUAAGUGCAAGUGAGCUGGUUAGGGAAAAGUCAAGUAAUAGGUUGGUCAGGUAAGUUGUAAAUUGCGUUUUAGCAUGGGUGUGGGUUGAGCUAUGAAUACUAUCAACCAUAACUAACGCCUUUUAUACAAUUACCUAUUUUAACAUUUUUUCUCUAGUGAGUAGUUCUCUUCAACAUAACUCCUGAUUGAGUCUCACUGAGUCAAGGUGCCUCACAUGUCUACUUAUUAGAAUGUUAUCCAGCAACCAUCAGUAUGGCUAUUUCCAGAUGAAGAAACUUGUAGUGAUCUUGACAUCAAUAUGUAGGGUUUUCUGGGGAAUGCCUUAUUUUACCUUAUUAUUAUUAUUAUUAUUAAUUCAGAACAUUCUUUGUUGAGUAUAAUUUCCCAACCUCAACCCCAACACGUGGUCAAGACCAAGAUAUCACUAUGGCAACAGAAUUAACCAGAAUUGCUUCCAAGAGAAUUCAAGACAGAGGUGAGUGAAAGACUCAUAAGCAGUAUUACAUGUGUAUCUUUUACAAGUCUUUUCCUUUCAAUUUUCUUGUCAUUUAGAUAUCAGUGUAAUUAAGAUAUGACCAAGAAAGAUAGCAGGGGCUUACAGCUUGAAAUAAUUUCUGAAAUGAGAGCUAGUGCUUUUGUGUAUCAGAUUACUUAGCUUUCUUGAGUUUGAUAUUGAAAAAGCAUUUCAUAUUAGAGCCUAUAAGAGUCUAAUGACAUGUUUAACACUUGUUUUCUAUACCAUAUUGCUCACUCAUGUCAAGACUCUUGUUUGUGCAUAUGGUAUUAAUAACUCAUGAAUUUAAAUGAUAUCAGGGUCUUAACAGGUAAGAGUAUUUCUUGUUGUCAUAUGAUAUUUACAAAGAAUGAUAAACAACAGAUCAACUGACAAAAAAAGGAAAGAAAAACAGUAGCAUAUUUUUUUCACACAUGCUGGGUAUUGUUGACCUUCCAAGAAACAAAAUUAACUCAUUCAUCAUUCUGUGUGUCAGUGGUGUCACUCAAGAGUAAUCUAUGCAUUCACAUCAUGAAUGUUAGUUUUAAAAGUUAGAGAACAUGUCUUACAGUAUUGCAACAAUUUGUUGAAUGUAAUUUUUUUUCCUACAGCGGUGCUAUUUGGCCAUCGUUCUGUAUUCCCCUUGCUGUUUAAUUCUGUUGUUAUAGAUUACUGGUGGAGACUUCCUUUGACAUUCCGACUUUACUUCAGAGAGUCUAGACAAAGAAAAGUAAGUUUUCCUUUCGUGAAGUAUGUGCCCUUCGUCCCCUGACACUUUAACAUUUGAUCAGAAAAGGGCACAUUCAGAAGUGGACAGCUAAGAUUAAAAGCAUGUGGUCAGAAUGCUUGGCCACAUUCUUGAUGUAGUUUAUGAAGCAAGUCUUGUGAAACAAAACAAUGCUGUAUAAAUGAUUUACUGAGGGUAGAAUUUAAGUGAUAACAUAGUUAUAGCACAUAGACAGUAAAAUUUUGAGCUGUAGCAAGUAAUGAAAUGUUUUUCCCUAAAGGCUAGGAAUGUCUGUACCAUUGGAUAUAAUAUUGUUGAAUUUUUGAAAAAGUGAAAUAACAAGUUUUAUACUGUAGGGAUAAAGAGUGCUUUUUUUCUUGUACUGAUUGGCCAGUUCAGAAGUGAUUAGCAAGUUCUAUUCACCUCAGAGUCUCAGAGGGGACAAAAUCAUGUGUCAGAGUUUAAUUUCUGAUCAUUUUUUGGUAUAUUGAGAGAAAUAAACUUACUAAAUAUAUAUAUAUAUAUAUAUAUUUUUUUUUUGUAGUAUGAACUAAAAACAAUUGUUUAUCUCAGUGUAAGUAAAAGUGUUAGAUGUAUAAUAGUGAGAUUUUCCUUCCUUUUUUUUCCUUUUCUUUCUUUUCUCCUUCCUUGUACAUAUGGACUGCCCCUUUCUUCCCAGCCUUUCUCACAGUAAUGUUGAGUUCACUCAUCAAAAAUGCACCUGUAAUAUAGGAUAGUGUAAUGAAAAGACAGUAAGGGUUGAGAGUGCUUCAUUAUUACUCAGUGACUGUAAUUUAUAAUGGUAAUAGGACUGAGUGGAGUCCAAUUUGGUCUGAAAUCAUAUAAGAGAUUAACAAAAUCCAACCUGUUAAUGAACAUGAUUACAAGCAGAAUUGGAUGACAUGAAGUCCAGUUACCACCUAAUCAAAACCAUGACAAAAUUUGAAAGAAACUAGACAUCUGUUAUACUAUUUCAUGAAAAAUAAAAAAACAGCAGUUUGUUCAGCAGAAUAUGCAACAACAGCGCAUGUACAUGAUGUGUACUGUCCUCUUACACAGGCAUGACAUUUCAACUAUCCAAUUACAAGCAUGAUGCUUAUACUGUCCUAUUAGUACUCAAAUCAGGCUAGCGAUAACCAAUCAUGUUUGAGAAUUUUGUCAUAGUUUUGAUUAAUACAGUAAUUGUUAUGGUGUUAUAAAUAGACCCUUUUUUUUAAUUAGUUGUCUAUUUUGGGUGUUGAUUAAUUGUGAUUGUAGCCAGUUGUUAUUGGAGUGGCAACAUUCCCUUUGAAGACAGUUCUUCAGUCUAACACUCUCAGCUCCUCUGCUUUGCUGCAAAUCAAAUGUGGUCUUCACUCUAAAGAAAAAGAAUCCUCUUACUCAUGGUCCUCUUUACAUGACUUCAGUGAAUCAUGUGGUCCAUUGUUGGUAAGAUAGCUAAGCUUCAGCUUUAUAUUCCUAAGUUACUACUUUGUAUGUCAAUAAUUUUAAGAAAGUCACUGUCCACCAAGUUCUCUACAUAGAUAUGAACAGCAAAUUUACUGGAGUGGUUGUUUUGUUAAAGGAAGCAUUCAUCAGCAGGGUAUCCAGUCAUUUCAUACCCAAAUUAAUGCAGUUGAUGUGUACUAAGUUUGAGUUGGUUUGUACCCAAACCACUGAUAAAUUCUUACCUGAUUCUUACCCCUUUUAAAUUACAUUGAUUCAGAAUACCUCACACAAAUGAACAUAUGUCAAUUGUUGUGUACAACAAGUUAGUAAAGGGAGUAUUAAAGAUACAAAGAAAAUUUUUUUGUAUACUUGAAACCUUAUUGCCUGGUGCAAGGUAAUUGAGAUAUUUUAAAUAGAAAAGGGUAUUGUUUAUACUAGAGACUUUUUCUAAUAAUACCAGCUCGAAUGAGCGAGAUAGUUUCUUGCAAAAUAAAUAAAUAUAAAAACAAUAUGUUUCUGAUAGAAACAGUCUUAGUCUUAUCAUGCCUCUGUCUUACGACUCCCAGAUCCCCAUUAUCAGUUUCAGGCCUUACAUUAGGUGAUUUGGUUUUGUUGAAUAAGUUGAUGAUGUAAAUUGAAUGCACUCAGUGGUCAUGCUUUAACAAUGGACACCACAUUAGCAAAACUUAUUUAAUGCAGGUAAUGUUGCUAUUCACAAGAAGAAACCAACCUUACUUUAACAUACUUAACAUGGAAACAUACUUUAUUAGUUUGGGUAUGAAACAACCUAGCUAGGUACAAAAAGACUGGUUACAAAAUGAUUGUGGAUAUGAAACAACCAGUAACCAUCAGCAGAGCUUUACCAAGAAUGAAUGUACAAGGAAAUACCUAACCAUACAGUAUAAGCACGGUUUUGAAGAUUAUUCCAACUAAUAGGAGAAUAAUAAACAGUAGCCAAAUCCAAGAUAAGUUUUGCUUGCCUUUCUUUUCUAGUUUUAUAAGGGGCCAUUUUUCACCAGUGACAUCCCUGGUCAUUAGCAUAAAUAAGAUAACUUUUCUCUUUGAUUUGACUUUCUCUGUGAGUUUGGUCACAUUGAAGCUAUAACUUUGCCAAGUGUGAUUGCUUUUAUAAGCUCACUGUCUGGUUAACAACUUGCAUUUCUUUCAAUUCUUACAUUCAUUUUCUUUCUUUUUAUUCUUAUUUUCACAGUAAGUGUAUAUUUUAAUACUUCCUUUAGAUUUGUAUCCGUGGUUAGAUACUUACAUAUCUUCAUCAAAUUUUGUUUGACUGUCCUGCAGGUGAAAGUAGAGUUAAUGGCUGAUGGAAAGAAAGUUCAUCUGAAGACCAACAUGAACAGAAAGCCUCCACUUCCAACUACAACAACACUCACUACCACUGAGCAUAUGCAUACUGCAAGACCUGCUUAUACUGUUGUAAAGAAUGUUGGGAAGGUCUCAGAUGUGGAACCUCUUGAGAUGAAAGAAAUUCUGAAGACAUCAAGUAAGCGUUCUCUCAAAGAUGGUAAUCUUGAAGAUGGUAUUCAGUACGACAGAGAUCCUUUAACUUUAUACAGCCUGCUAUGGAUACCUGAAGGAAAACAACUCACCCAACAAGGUUACCGUGUAAACCAAGAUACUCUGACUGGUCUUGUUGUUAAGAACAACCUUUACCUUAUGUGUCGAACUUUCUGGUGUGAAGAGGUGUCGAAAUCAAGGGUAUGUUGGGGUGAAUCAAAUCCAUCAUUUGGCUUCAAACAGGUUAGUUGGCAGUGCUGCAGGACAUUGAUUGAUUAUUUUAACUGUUUGGAUGUUAUGAAAGUGUUUUAGUUAUUAAGAAAUCAGUUGAACAAUGAUAAUGAAGUAUUAGAACUCCAAAUAUCCUUUGCUAUUCACUUCUGAACUUGCGCAUGAUUCACACUGGAAAAUAUUGCAAUUGUUAAAUCAUCUUUUUUGUGCUACAUUGUCCCACUGUUUUGGAAUAAAAUCAACCAUUCACUCUAGGUAUUAGGUAAUCUUCCCCACCCCCCUUCCCCUAGCAACUCAUAAAGUCUCCCUUACAUUUACUAGCAUGUAUUUAUACUAGUGGGUGUAGAAAUCAGGUAGAGUGGAAUUUAAAUAUCUCAUUUAGGGGGACAAUGCAUGAUUUGACCAGAAUGCAGUAAGGAAGUACUAAAAUAUACAGUUACUGUGAAAAUAAGAAUAAAAAGAAAGAAAAUGAAUGUAAGAAUUGAAAGAAAUGCAAGUUGUUAACCAGACUUUCUUUCACUCAAAUAUUGCUGUGAUGUAUUUUUGUUUGUCGCCUAGGUUGCACCAGUGCUGUUAACAUCAAGUCUAUUGCAGCGAGUGUGUAAUAACUUUAUGGUUAUUGAAGUUUGGAACAGAAUUGGGCCACAAGACCAAGGAGACAAGGUGAAUAAGUUAUUGCAAAUUAUGAUUGAAAUUACCACUGGUAACAAUAAUUUUCUGUCGUCACUUUUCUAAAACUUUUUACAAAACUAAACUUUUGAAAGAUAGGUUUAGCUUCAGUCAAUUGUGUUGUUUUCUUAGUUAUUAGGGCUUGUGAAGUUACCUAUACACCAACUGUACCUGUCAUACAGGGACCACAAGAUCACAAAAACACUUCUCAAGUCCAAG